GUUACUGUAAUGAGAAAAUGUAUUCUAAAGGUAUUUCAUUCCUUCCUUAAUGUGUUUAUGGCGAGAAUAACAAUGCUUUCCUUUUGUGUGAACCGCGCAUGCGCAAUGCCUUACCGACAGUUUAAAACUAUGGCGCCGACGCAGUGUUUAUCACUAACAGAGCAGUGGAUAAGGGAAAGGUUAAAGCUUCAACACCAGUGUUUAGCGGAUGUUCGAUCACUGCGUUUGCCAGGAACAUACGAAACAGGGAAAAUAGGUCAUUUGGGAAUUUCUCUCAAGAACUUUGUUCACUUGAAAAGUCUGGAUCUUUCUCAUAAUGCCCUGGUUUCUGUGGAGGGCAUCCUGCAUCUAAGGUUGCUCGAGAACUUGAAUCUGUAUUACAACAGAAUCUCCUCUCUUCAGGACGUCCUGUCUUUAGGCAGCCUUCAAAAUCUCAAGGAACUGGAUCUGAGGUUAAACCCUGUUGUGAAAAAACAUCCCUAUUACCGCCUGAACUUAGUCCAGGCAAUCUCUAAGCUUCGGAAACUUGAUGACUGUGUUGUGAGGGACAGAGAGAGAAAAGCGGCUCUCAUGCACUUCUCUGCAGAGUCGGGAGUUGAGUCCAGUGAAAGGUCUCCACUUUCAAAAAUGGAGAUAAGUAAUAGAAGCAGCGAUCCUAGAAUCGCUUCGGUGAACAAGAUGAUGAUGAUGAUGUCAAAGCUCAUGCUCCGAGAAGGCAACGAGGAAACGGUGCUGAAUCGCAACUUCGAUGGGAAAAACAGAACGCUGACACAAGAUGAUCACGUCAAAGAGUCCAGCAAAGCAGAUUCUGCUCAUUUACAAGAGACGCACCACCCUGUCGGACACUGUCCCAGGAAAGACGCUCCAAGAGUCACCUUCGUUGAACCGUCUGUAAAGAGAUGCACUUCUUGUAACCUCACACCCAUCAGAACACAGGCAGAAAGUUAUUUCACACCACACCCCAGCAGCAAAAUCGCUUCCACGCAAGGAGCUGAUCAUGAGGGCUGUUUGUUGAAAGAUUUCUCGGAGAGGAAACUUCACCCACCGAGACUGAAUACGGAACACCGAAGCUCUUAUGACGGAGAACCGAAAGGACGUUCACGUGCACCCGAGAGAGCCAGAAAAUCCUGUAAGGGGGCGUACAGGAAGCCGAUGGAGCUGCUUCUCAGUUUGGUGGAUGAGUACUGGUCAGGCGAGAUGAAGGAUCACAGCACUAAGCACUUUUUCAUGCACGCUGUGCGGAUCCUCUGUAUGAUGGAGCAAGAGGUCUCUAACGGCGAAAGCGUGAUGGCUGCACAGAGGGAGAAGAUCCACACACUGAGCGACCAGCUAGACUUAAGGACGAGAGAACAGAAGAGGCUUACGGAGCAGCUGAAGCAGGCACACGGCAACAUCGAGCAUCUUCAUCAGGAGUUGAGGAACGUUUUAGAGGAGAAUGUUUCUCUGCAGAAACAGCUGAUCAGAUUAGAGCAGCAGAUCCUCUCUGAUAAAAUGAGGGACACUUAACCAAACACAACACUGAAGUGAUUUCUAACACUGUGCUACUCAGAACACACUUCUCUUGUAUAGAACAGAACAAGAACGGCAGAAACAACAAUUCUAAAUUUCCUAAAACAUGUACUAGAUAACUGUAGAACAUCAAGGAUUUAUUUUAGAAGUUCAGCUUAACCCGAUCAGAUCGGUCUAUUUAUUUAUUUAUUUAUUUAUUUUAAAAUAUUCUCAGGUCAGGAAUCAGUGUUUUAUUAACAGCUCAUUGAAGCAUUGCUAUAAAAUUUGCUGAGGUGUGCAAAUGUAAUGAGAGGGGGAAAAAAAUAUCGAAGCCAAAACACAAGGCCGAGUCUUUCUUUCUUUUUAUUUUCUUCUCUUUUUUUUAUUUCUUUUUUAUUCAGAACAAGCUACAACACACGGACAAGUUAAAGGUCUGUCGAACGUUAUCUUUUCUUAUCUAUCGUUAUCACACAACAUGCAGCAGGUCACAUAGAAAAAUAGUUAUACGAAAAAUAAGACGACGUUUCGUUCCUCGGAAAACUGAGGGUUUACAGAAUUUGGAGUUCGAAGCACACAAAACAGCAACCUUUUGUUAAAACACAACAACGAUAUUUCAAACUUGCUCUUUUGAUAGAAAUACGAGUCACUUUCCAAGCAGGAAUGAACAGAAACAGUGUGACACUAGAGAAUGGAAAAAUAGAUGUUCUUUAGAAGAAUAUGUCUGUCUAUACUCGCUUUCUUCUUCCUUCCAAGAAACAUGUUGCACGUUUUUUGGCCCUGAAUCCCAGCCCGACAUUUUCAAAGCAGACAACAUUAAAAUACCACAGAUGCCUGCA